AUGGUAUCGCAUCAGAAUGUGGUCGCAGACGUCUUUUUGCAAUCGGUCGUUGAAAGCGAUCAUAUAGACUGGCGCAAAGACCGUACGUUGGCCGUGUUGCCCAUCUAUCAUAUAUACGGCCUGGUCUGUCUCGUCCACGCCCCUGUCUAUCUCGGGACGACCACGAUCUAUAUGCAACAAUUCGAGCUUACCGCAUUCUGCCGCUCUAUUCAAGACUAUCAAAUUACUCACGUCUAUGUUGCACCACCAAUCGUGCUUCAUUUAACAAAGAGUGAUCAAGUGAAAGAAUAUAAUUUACAAUCACUUCGCAUGAUCACGUCUGGCGGCGCCCCUCUCCCUGCCAACCUGAUCACCGAGCUAUAUGAGCGACGAAGACUCCCUGUUCGACAAGCCUACGGGCUUUCGGAAACCACCUCAAUUACACACAUUCAGCGCUGGGAUGCCUGGGAAAACGGCAUUGGCUCUAAUGGGCAAUCCCUUCCCGGGGUGGAAGCAAAGUUUGUAAUUAAUGAUACCAGAGCGGCUGCAAUCGGAGAGGAAGGUGAGCUUUGGAUACGGGGUCCUACUGUUUUCAAUGGCUACCGAGGGGAGCCCGAAUUGACUGCAGGAUGCAUGACCAAGGAUGUAUGGUUUAAAACGGGUGACAUCGGGCAUGAGGAUGAAUUUGGCAACAUGUUUAUCACCGAUCGUUCCAAGGACUUGAUCAAGUUCAAGGGGUAUCAAGUACCUCCCGCAGAGCUCGAAGACCUAAUCAUUAAACACGAGACAGUGGAAGACGUUGCUGUCAUUGGAAUUAUGAACGAUAGCCUCGCGAGCGAGGUCCCGUUGGCCUACAUUGUGGUCAAGUCGGGCAUCUUGGAAGACGAAGCCACGGCAAAGCUAAUUCUCGACCACGUCAAGAAUCAGACGGUGAACUACAAACAUCUUCGUGGAGGCAUAAUAUUCACCAAAGAGAUCCCUAAAAGUGCAUCUGGCAAGAUUCUGAAGCGAGCACUUCGUCAGCAAGCGACAGCGGAUGGGGUACGUCGAAUCGGGGCAAUCAAUUAUGAGAAUUACCCAAGGGCAACGAAGUUGUAA